CAUGACCGUCAGUCAUGCAUAUUCAUCGCUUGCGAUGCUGACGCCGUUCCUUCUCGUGACUGGAAAGCCAGUCGUAUGGGUCGACAAUAAUGGAGUUGUAGCUCGGGAAGUCAUACUUAACUGUUACAAUUCACAACUAAGUCCGAAGAUUAUGCUACCUGCCAGUGGUUCGGGAAUUCGUGACUACGGAAAUCAAAUGAGAAUCGUUCGUUUCCCACUUGUGGCGGCGGAAAAGUGGUUCGGUCCGGAGAAUCGUAAUCGGCCAGCUAACGAAAACAAAUGUACAGCAGCAGCCUCUGAACGAAGCCAUUGCUAGCACGAGUCUUUGAUUUGGAAGGAUAGUUGCUGAGGACCAUUCUCACAAUAGUAUAAAAGUUCUAAGUUCUAACCUCAAAAACAGACAACAAUAAAAUGUAUUUCUU